GGACUAUUGACAAUCAAGCACCAACUGCAUCCAACAUGACCACCAAAAAGCUCAUAGUCGUCAUUGGCGCAACAGGCGGCCAAGGAGGCUCAGUUGUCAACUCCUUCAUCAAUGAUCCAGAAUGGCAUGUUCGUGGCAUCACUCGAAACCCUUCAAGCCGAAAAGCAAAGAACCUCGAAGCCCGCGGUGUCGAAGUAGUUCAAGCCGACUUGGACGACAGGGCCUCACUAGCCGAAGCCUUCCAGAACGCAAAUGUUAUCUUUGCAGUCAGCGACUUUUGGGGCAUCUACAACGAUCCAAAGAAUCGAAAUAAACCAAAGCCGGGACAGGCUCUCAACGAGUGGACAAAGGUACAAGAAACCCAACAACUCAAGAAUAUCAUCGAUGAAGCUGCCAGAGUAUCAAGUCUAGAACGUUUCAUCAUGUCUUCACUUCCGGGUCCGACAAAACUAUCGGGAGGAAAGUACACAAAUGUUUGUCAUCACGACUCCAAGGCAGAUGCAGAGGAGUACGGUGAACAAAACCAGCCAGAGCUUUGGGCUAAGACGAGUGUAUAUCUCCCUGGAUACUUUCUCAACAACUUCUUGACUCAUCCAAUGGCUCAGCCAACCAAGAAAGAGAACGGAAACAUACAAUUCGCAAACAACCUAGACCUCGAUACCAAAGUUCCUCUGAUAUCACACGACCAAGAUUCUGGUCCGUUCGUCAGAGCCCUAAUUCAAAACCCUCCAGGGAAAAGCGUCGUCGGAUAUCGUGUUUGGAUCACACCACGGGAAUUCGUACGAAUUUUCAGUAAAGUCACGGGGUACAACACUGAAUUACUACACAUACCACCCGGAGAGUUUACCUUUGAUUGUAAAGGAGAGUUGAGGGCUGAAUUGCAAGAUAACUUUGCAUUCGCUAAUGAAAUUGGGCUCCAUGGUGGUGAUGAUUCUCCAGCUGCCCAUCCCAACGAGGUGAACCAGCCUCCUCAACUUGAAAGCGUUGAAGAUUGGAUCAGAGAACAAGACUGCUUGGAGGAGCGAGAAUCUGUCCGUCCAGAUGUAGCACAGCUGAGGCUACUCAUGCUGGCGGUCAAGGGGAUACCCAUAUUCUUUGACCGCCAAGGCAUGAGCACAUCUCGAAACCAUCGAACCAUAAUCAACGUCCUCGCCAAGAAAUUCGCUCUUCAAAGACCAACAAUGGAGUCACCUCAGAAGCAAAAGCUUGUGGUCGUUGCUUCGAACAACAUCCCCAAAAUCAAAGCAACCCGCGAUGGCUUCACACAAAUGCUUCCAGACUCUUAUGACUUUCGAGGCAUAAGCGUAGACUCCAACGUUUCAGACCAGCCCUUCUCAGACGAAGAGACUCUGCGUGGUGCAACAAAUCGAGCACAGAACGCUCAAGCAGCCAGAAUAGAAGCUGAUUUCUGGGUUGGCAUCGAAGGCGGUGUUGAAACUCACAAUGGCUCGAUCUGCUCUUUUGCUUGGAUUGUUGUUUUUGGAAAAGAUGGGAAGGUCGGCAAGGCACGGACUUCGGCGUAUUUUCUACCGGAGAGGACUUGUCAAUUGCUGAAAGAUGAUUCAAAGAACAAGCAGGGCUCGGUUGGGCUAUUGACCGGUGGUGUUGUUGACCGAGCUGCGUAUUAUACACAGGCCGUCAUUCUGGCCCUGAUACCAUUCAGGAAUGCUUCUUUGGACUUUUGA